CCUCUAGAGUAUCAUGUUUUAAUAAUCCACUGUAAUCCUACGAUUUACAAGCAGAUUGGGUUAAUUUUAAGUAAAGCGAAGUCUAAGGACACGACUUUCUUUCCAUCUAAGUGAUGAUUUUAUUAGCUAGUGGAUUCUGUGGGACACUUAAAAUACGGUCCCUGGGACCUUAGAUGGCCGCUCUCUCAACACAGUACUAAAUGCUUUAAAGGCUGUUGUUAACAGCAACGCUGAUAAAUAGUAUUUUCACACAAGCCAAAGCUACGGAGAAGCUUCAAGAUGGUGCAGCGCCUGACUUACCGUCGUAGGUUGUCCUACAACACCGCUUCCAACAAAACCAGACUGUCCCGGACGCCCGGUAACCGUAUUGUGUAUCUUUACACUAAAAAGGUUGGCAAAGCUCCUAAGUCAGCAUGUGGCAUCUGCCCAGGAAGACUGCGUGGAAUUCGUGCUGUUAGACCUCAGGUUCUGAUGAGGCUCUCCAAGACCAAGAAGCAUGUUAGUAGGGCUUACGGAGGCUCCAUGUGCGCCAAGUGUGUGCGUGACAGGAUCAAGCGUGCUUUCCUUAUUGAGGAGCAGAAGAUCGUCGUCAAGGUGCUCAAGGCGCAGGCACAGAGCCAGAAGUCAAAGUAAAAUGUGUAUUUGUAUUGCCACAAUAAAAAAAAAGACAAAUCCA